CGGAACACGCACGACGCACCAUGAGCGACCCGCAAACGCCGACCGAGAUUCAAGAGGACGCCACGCCCAACCACAAGACGGACGAAACUGACGAUGAAGAAGUGAAAAAUGCGAUUCGUGCGUAUUUGGAGUUGGAACGGCAGUACCCCAUGCUCAAGCUGAACCUUCGGGAAAGUUAUGAAGAGCGUGAAGAACUUCAGCGAUUAAAAUGCAUGAAUGCCUCUCUCCUUAAAGUUGCACAAGAACUUUACAGGGAACUUGCAGAAUAUAAGACUAAACACAAUAAGUUAAAAGACAUCAUAGAAGAAAAAGUUGAAGAUAUGUAUUUGGAACAAGAGAAAGAAGACCACACGAAUCAACUAUCAGCUCUCGUGGACAAAACAUUUGAGGAGCUUAAGGAUGAUUUUCCGCCAGACCUGGAUUAUGCCAAAAUGAAGGACAUAGUUGACCGCGUAUAUUACGAAAAUGAAGUUAAAAUUAUUGAGGAAUGUAUCAAAGCAGGAACAGUAUCAAUCCCCUAUGAUGGUUAUGAUGACAAAAACUAUCCACCACGAUUGUUGUUAGACCCGUCUUCGUAUAUGUAAAGCAGGUUUCCGUGAUUAGGUCUAGUUUAGACAUACCCCCUACUUAUCAAUCCAGAAAUCCACUAAUCCACCUUUUUAAAAGUCAUCUAAGAAAUUUAU